AACCGAAACUACGACAUCCUGUCCCGUCAGGAAAACAAACCGGAUGCGUGUUGCGCCGCGUAUGCCUUCACGGGGCUUCCUGAAUGAUUUAAACCGUUUUACAUCAUCGGCCUCACCCUCCCUCCUCCCUCCAUCCCUCCCUCAGUCUCUCUCCCUCCUCCCCUCCUCCAUCCUGCGCUGCCUCCCGCUGAUGCGCCGCGCAAGCAGCCCGGAGAUGCUGCUGCUGCUCCUGCUGCUGAUGUUGGCGACCGACUGCAGCAUCCGACAUGGGCAUCCUGUAAUCCGGCCGCGGCACAGUAACUUUCUCUGUUGUCAUGUGGGUAGAACCAAACUAGGCCUUCCGCUAGACUGUUAAGAAAGCCACGGAAAGCGGUAGAACAUCCCAUCCUCUUUCAUCACAUGGAUGAAGAAUAACUUCACUGUCUCCAGAGAAUUUCCAGAACUUGAACUGAAGCAUCAAAGAACAAGCGUCUUGCAGUCUUCCUCAUCAGCCUUCCACUCGCCGACGUCACGCCCUCGCUAUGAGCGGACUGGUGGGGAAGCUGGACCCCCGCAGGAUACAGUGGGGCUCAGCAUGGAACACCUUCACGUCGCGCGUGCUGAGGACCAAACCCGUGGAGUCCAUGCUGGAUUCGGCAGUGUCUGGCACCAGCUCACAUGGCACCAGACUGGCCCGGGUGUUGUCCACGGUGGAUCUGGUGUCGCUCGGUGUGGGCAGCUGCGUCGGGACGGGGAUGUAUGUGGUCUCGGGGCUUGUUGCCAAGGAGAUGGCUGGCCCAGGGGUCAUUGUGUCCUUCAUCAUCGCAGCUGUGGCAUCCAUACUUUCAGGAGUGUGUUAUGCAGAGUUUGGGGUGCGUGUGCCUAAGACCACAGGUUCUGCCUACACAUACAGCUACGUAACCGUGGGAGAGUGCGUGGCUUUUUUCAUCGGCUGGAACUUGAUCCUGGAGUAUCUGAUCGGCACGGCGGCGGGGGCGUCGGCUCUCAGCAGCAUGGCAGACUCUCUGGCCAAUCACAGCAUCAGCAACUUCAUGAUUUCACAUAUUGGCACACUCAACGGCUUGGGUAAAGGGGAGCAGUCAUACCCAGAUCUGCUGGCUCUUCUGAUAGCCUUGCUGGUGACAGUGAUCGUGGCUUUGGGAGUGAAGAACUCUGUUGGCUUCAACAACGCUCUGAACAUCAUCAACCUCAUUGUGUGGGUUCUCAUGAUGAUUGCUGGGCUGUUCUUUGUCAACGGAGAGAACUGGGAUGAAGGGAGAUUCCUACCCUUUGGCUGGUCAGGGGUGAUGCAGGGUGCAGCCACCUGCUUCUAUGCCUUCAUCGGGUUUGACAUCAUCGCCACAACAGGAGAAGAGGCCAAAAGCCCCAACACCUCCAUCCCCUACGCCAUCACUGCCUCACUCAUCACCUGCCUCACUGCCUAUGUCUCCGUCUCUGUGAUACUGACGCUUAUGGUCCCAUACAAUGAAAUUGACGAAGAUGCCCCGCUGAUGGAGAUGUUUGCCAUCCAUGGCUGCAUGUUUGCAAAAUACAUAGUUGCUGUGGGGUCCAUAGCUGGACUCACUGUGUCCCUCCUGGGGUCCCUGUUCCCCAUGCCAAGGGUCAUCUAUGCUAUGGCAGGAGAUGGUCUUCUGUUUAAGUUCCUGGCCAGUGUUUCUUCGUACACGGAGACCCCUGCUGUGGCCUGUGUUGUGUCUGGGUUUCUGGCUGCCCUUCUGUCCCUUCUGGUCAGCCUCAGAGACCUGAUAGAGAUGAUGUCCAUUGGCACUUUGCUGGCCUAUACUCUAGUGAGCCUUUGCGUGCUCCUCUUGCGUUACCAACCCGAGGGCGAAAUCCACGGCUUUGUAAACUUUCUCUCUGAGGAGCAGAACAAGAAGAAAAAGGAAGGCAUUCUGGCCGAGUGCGAGAAAGACGCUUGCUCGCCGACCAGUGAGGCCGACGAGUACGGAGGUCAGACCACGAACACCUGCGGGGCUAAAAACCUGCCGUCGCUAGGCGACAACGAGAUGCUGAUUGGGAAACCGGAUAAAAAUGCAUACAGUGCCAGCCAUCCCAACUACGGCACAGUGGAUAUGACAACCGGCAUCGAGGCAGAGGAGUCAGAAGGAGGGAUGUCUCGACGGCUCAAGAAGCUGAUCGGACCUCGCUACUACACGUUGAGAAUCCGUCUCGGCCUCCCUGGGAAAAUGGACAGGCCAACUCCGGCCACGGGGAAAACCGUCACCGUGUGUGUGUUACUGCUGUUCAUCUUGUUCUUCGCUUUCUGCUCCUUCAUCAUUUUUGGAGCGAACUUUAUCACAGAGGGUCAUUGGUGGGCCUUGCUGCUACUAAUCUUCCUCAUCAUCUUCAUUGCCCUGCUGAUCAUCAUUAUCCUCCAGCAGCCAGAAAACCCUAAGCGGCUGCCUUACAUGGCACCCUGCGUGCCGUUCGUACCUGCUUCAGCCAUGCUGGUCAACAUCUACCUCAUGCUUAAGCUGUCUGCCAUCACCUGGAUUCGAUUUUCAAUCUGGUGCCUCGUUGGUGUGCUUAUCUACUUCGGCUACGGCAUGUGGAACAGCACUCUGGAGAUCACGGCCAGAGAAAACGAGGUGCAUGCCUCCACCUACCAGCGCUACGAUCAAGGCGUGGACGAAGGCUUCUGCGGCUUUGACGACAAUUUCUACCCGCCCACCACUGACGCCUGGGGCGCGCCCGGCGGGGAUUUAGAGGCGACUCCACCUCCAAAGGCAAAACCUGAAAGUGAUGGGCUUUCCUCAAAAGGUGGAGGCAGAACCAUUGCUAACAAUGGCCUUGCGGAGGAGGAUCCGAUGGACUUCUGAAGGGACUGACUUCUGUGUUACAUUGAAUGUACUGCCUUGUCUGCUGCCUGGGGGAUGGGGAAGGGGUCAUGUGUGAGUGCAUGACUGAUUACAGGCGUGCGAGUGUGCUUGCAUGCUUGCACGAGUGUGUAGUUGUUUUAUGUAUCAAACCCCCCGGGCUAGAUGUUUUUUGGUUAUUAGAACAGUUUGUCUUUUACCUUAGUUGACUUUGCUUGGGAUGCUGCCCCCACACAAAUGUGGACAUAAAUGUCUUCACGCUUUCACAGAUCCGGACUCUUUAAUCAACUUCCCAAACAAAGAAGGGCAUGUCAGAAAAGUGUGAAGAAAGUGAGAGAUUUGUGUUUUGCCGAUGAAGUGCUGAAAUGACAAGCCGAACUGAGCAACUUUUUAACUGAUUAGUCAAGAACGUUGGCACAGAAGAGAAAAGAAGGGUGAUGAGAGGGUCGUAAGAUGAGUCAGCAACUGUCUUCCUGUUCCAGCACAGGCAGACAGACAGGAAACUAUAACGGCAGUGUGAUAAAUACAAAGGCCUUCCGAAGGCAAAGUCUGACUUUGUCUGUUUUCAGCUUUUGUACAAAAACCUGAAUGAUUUGUCUAAAACACAUUCUUAAACCUACGUUGAACAUUUAGCCUGAGGGGUUUCCACCGGGGUUUUGGGCUAAAGGGUGUCGAUGUUUUCUGUGAUGACUAGUACUUGGACUUUGCUUGUAAUAGUGCCUUCAUCAACUAUGUGUGUUUUUCUGGUCGUAUCAGUUCUCUACUUCGAUUUUUUAUUUAUUUUUUGGCCUGUGUAUGUGUGUGUCCUGCUGUACUAUGCCUUGCAAAGGUAUUCACAAACCCUGAACUUUCCAUAUUUUGAUAUGUUCCAAUGACAGGCAUCACUCUAUUUCAUUUGGAUUUUAAGUGACAGAGAAUUUGUUGUCAAACCAAUCCAUUGCUGCUCUGGCUGGGGAGUUUUUUCCCCUCUGUUUUAUGUUUGCAGAAACCUUCGACCUUUAACUUUGAGGUUUCCUUUUUUAUUUAACUCCACCCACUCCCCUUCAACUCUUUUCAGCUUAUGUGCUCCACUAAAGAAAAUCGUUUUCACUGCCACCAACAAGAUUCACCAUGGACGGAUGGAGAGGGUGAGGGGUGUUCAGACAUUUUGAUCUCAUCUGACCAAGCCAUCUUCCACAUGUUUGAUGUGUCUCCUAAGGCUGAUGGCAAACUGCAAAUGGGACUUCCCACUGCUUAAUACUUCUCGCUACUUUUCCCUAAAGGCCAGAACUGUGCACUUCUCAGCUAAUAGUAGCCAUUUGAGCAGAUUCUUAUUCCUGAGCUGUGGGUCUUCAUUCUUGCCAUGGGCCUCUUGGCUGCUUCUCUGAUAAUGCUCCCCUACUCAGUUAGGUUUGUGGCCAAGUCUUCAUAUGUUUGCAUGCGUGUUAUUCUUCCCAUUUUUGAACAAUGGAUUAAACAGUACUUUGUGUAAUCUUCAAAUGCUUAAGUCAUUCCUACAACUUCAUUUCUGCCCUGCCUGGCAUUUUUCUUGCUAACGACGCACUACUUUGCAUUUGCCUGUCAUGCAAAUUCUCAAUAAAAUACAGAAGGUUGAAGUUUACAAAAUGUCAAAAAGAAAAGUGUACAUACUUUUACAAGGCAUUGUACAGUCAGUGCACUCAAACUUGAGUUUUAUGUGAAUUAGUGUUUGCACUAAGUGGGCUCUUGAGAAUUUUAAUUUUCACAGUAUGUUUUGUUAUUCCUUCGCAUGGAAGUGAAAUCAAUUCACCUGCUGUCAAAAACAAAAUGUGCAACAUGAAUUGCCAAUCAAGUUGUAGAGAUUAGACCCAGUAGACACACAGAAAGAGAGAAUAGGUUGAGUCCUAGUUGGCAACCUGUAGUGUUUUCUGUCUGCUUUUGUAUUUGAGCAUAUGAGGUUCUUUCUCUAUGUCAGACCUGUAAGUAAUUCAUUCUCUCUUCAGUUUUUUUUUUUUUUUUGCUUAACUUUUCUAUUGGAGAGGAGAAAAGAGAAACUAAAAUCAAAUUCUUCCUAUUUAUAUAAUCUCUUCUCUCCUCCUCCUUUAUGGUUUUCCGUCACUUAAUCGUUGCAAAUUUCCAUCCAACAUUUUCUUCUCCAGCCCAGCUCUUUCAUCUUUCAUUUACCAUCUUACUCCCCUCUUGAUAUCAAUCGGGCCACAUCAGCAGAAAGUAACCUCUCCGAGUCGCAUGUAAUAGGCCACCGAAGAUUGGCUUGCACUCUGGAAAUGUAACAGCAAUCUGCUUAUGGUCUGUCAGUUCGCUCACUACGUUUUUGAUUUAACAGUCUCUGCUAUCUGUCAUAUAAUUCGUAACCAGCACUUAUUUUGCUGCUGGCGGUUCAGCUGUAGUGCUGUAAAUGGACUACACUUUUACUCCUGUGCUUUUUCAGGUUUUAUGUAUGUUGCAUAUACAGACAAUUGUCUCAACGUCCCAAAGAGAUUUAAUUAUUGCAUUCAAAAUGCAGGCUUGUUGUUGCAGUUGGAGAAAGAGCUUUACAUUUAAAAAAAGGUAUUGAGAGACAUAUGCAGACAUUUCUUUAUACAGUAAGAGGGAUUUUUAUAAACAACCAAAUAGCACACUGUUAUGCUAUGACGUUGGGGGGAGGGGAUGCUCCGUCAAUUGCUUCUGGUGCUGCUGUCUGCCCUGAUUGUUACCCCUCUACCUUUUCCUCGUGUGCCCCUGUUGCUGCACUGGUCCCUUGCAGGGAAGCCUUAUUUGUCUAAUGCACUAAAUCUAAGGAUGCCACGCUAAAUCCUUAUCCCCCGCCAUCCCUCUCCCCCUACCGUAAUCAUCGAAAGCUUAAAAAACAAAAAGAAUUUCUUUGCGGUUCUGGAAAUGUCAAAGGAACAUUCUUAUGCAAAUGAAGACAGCUCUGUGUUUCAUGAACUUACUGUCAUAUUUAGGGCUAGGGCUUGACAAAGGUAAGGAUUUGAACAUCACAAUGAUCCGGUCUAUUGUAAGGACUGAAUUUUCUUAACAAUUUUUCUUUUUAAAAAAAAUUUAAAUUACACAAUCAAAGCUGAAGAUAACUGUAAAAUACCAUCAGUUAUCUAGUUUUAAGCAAGUUUGCGUCAGCAAUGAAUAUAUUGACAAAUCAUGAAGAGUUAGCAACUAUUCCUGUUCUGCAAGUAUUGGGAUUUGCAAACUUUAAAACAUGCAGUUUCUUGUCUUUCAAUCUAGAGGCAGGUGAUAUAAUAAUGCCAAAUUGUGAAGAAUUAGAAUUUAGCAUUGUGAUUCCAAAUUCAAUACCAGUUUUAGUCUCAAGCUACACUUCAAGAUGCUUUUGUUCUAUAUUGAUGGAAAAAAGUGAAUGUCUACAGUUUAUUAGACUAUCAGGGAAAAAAAACAGUGGAAGUUAAUAGGUGACCUCCCCCAACAGUUGUUGGUAACAUUGACAUUAAAGACUUUGAAGUUUGAAAGAAGAAGCAUCUGAGCGGCUCUAGUGGUCAAAAGCCAAAGAAUCUGUCAAAAGUAAUUGCCCACUGCCCAUGCUUUGUUUGAUACUGUUUAUCUUUUAUUCUGUCUUCAGCUUCUUCAGCUUAUAUCUCAAGGUUGAUGGAAAGAGAACCUGGAUGAAACAGGGCACAUGUAAAAAAAAAUAUAUAUAUAUAAAGUCAGAAAACAGUACAAGGGAGGCAUGUAUAUUAAAAUAUCUGCCUCAUUUUCUAUUUUGAUCUUCUGGGCUGUCAGGAUAAUAUGCAUUUGUAGGAGAGAACAGUUUACUUUUAGUAUCAAAACAGCCAACAGAGACACUAGUUUUUUCCAACCUUUAGAAUAAGAGGGUUAAGCAUUUGCAUAAAACCCAUCAAACUUGUAAUAUCAUCAUUUCUAUAGCUACAACGUUCUCGGUGAGUUGUGAGUUUGGAUUCCAGACCAUAGUUUGUCCGUGACAAGUAUUCGUCAUAGAGAUGCUACUACAGCCACUAAUUUUAGUUUCUAUAUUAAAAGUAAUAUAUUGACUUUGAUAAUGUCAGAUUACAUAAAAUUGGUAAUGUGAUGAAUUGUGAUUAGCCACUAAUUACAUCACGGAUGAGUAGAAAAAGUGCUCUUUAUUUGAGUUGUGUCGCUUUUGUCUUUGAAAUUAAAUUUUAAGGUAAACUGAAAAAUACCUUUGUAGUAAUGUUCUCUUGCCUGAAUGUUAUUCUUUUCUUUAACUGCAUUUGCAUAGAAAUGUUUUGCUCUUGAUUUUACUACUAAAAAAAACAGUAUAUGUUGACUAUAGCGCCCACCGCAAUGCUCACUAGGAAUAUCUUACAUCACCAUAUCAGUUUCCUCCUGUCUCUGUUCAAAACUUUCAAAAGCUUUAUAGUCACAGCCCAGCCAAAACAAACAUGCAGAUUAAUUUGAUUCCGUGUCUCAGAUACUGGACUGUACAGUCAUCUUUUUUCUUCAUUUAUUUAUGUUUUGUUCUGUAUAUUUGAAUCAAAGACUGUGUGAAAGCAUGUGCAGUGCAGAGGUAUGUGACUGUGUUCUGACGUCCACUCGUGGUCCACGCCUGCGCCUAAAUGUGACCGUCUGGUGAAUGUCCAGCAUGUUUUUUUGUGCACAAGAUUCAGUUUCUAAAUAUUGUACUUGCAUGUGGUUACGGAUCUCAACAGGACAUGAUAGACAUUUGACAAAACCAAAUUCAGGCUUAGUUCUUCUCUGCCUUGGAGCCCUGGUUUGUUUAAUUCAGAGAAGGUGAAACAAGUAGUUUGUUUUUGUUUGUUUUAUUUUUUAUUUCGCAACCCAAAGCACUGCCUAGGAUCCUCCUCUUGUUCCUUCUAAUAAUCUCUCUCUUUUUACAUAUAUAUUUAUACUUAUUCCAGCCUAAAAUUUAAAAACCCACUUGUUCAUUCCACUAGGUAUGGAAACCAUGGCUCCAUUUGACAGAACUAUGUAGCAAACAGUCUGAUUUCCUGACUGACUUCCUUCACAUCCUUUUUCAUACACCUAUAAAAUGCCUAAUUCCUGUAUACACACUAAAACCUGCUGGGUUUAAAAACAGACCAAUUAGGGUUACUUUGAAAAGUCAGUAAUGGUACAAACAUGAACCAACUCGUCACAAUCAGCUUGUGGGUUUUCACCAUAGUGGGUUGGAGUUGUAGAGGUUGUGUAAAACAAUGUGGUAGUGAAUGAACGUAGCUGAAAUUCCCACGUUUCUGCACAUUAUGUUUUUUUAGGGGCUCUAAAAGUCACCUCAAACUGAUGCUGCAGGUGUGGUGACUGGAAGGAAAGUCAAACUAUGGAUUCACAGUCUGCCAUUCAUUUGGCUCAGACACUUAAAAAAACCAAGUGACAUCUUAGUACCUUUUAUUUCGUCCUGUUGAAGAAGUUUUAAUCAUUUUGUUGUGUAGUUCAAAACUUCUCUCACCCAAAAAUAUUGAGCCUCCAUUUUGUUUGCCCACUUAACAGCAUUAUUCCAGCAUUCUGAUUAAAGAAAAAACCCAGCAGGAUUUUUUUUUAAUGUGAAUUUCUCCUCUCAACCACAACCAACCCAAAGUACUUUUUAUUUUCACUUAUGAUUUACAGAAAUCUAGUUUCCUUAUCUGCAGUAGUGUCGACUUCCUUGGUAUGAUCAGCUUAUAAGCUAUUUUACAACACCCAAAAUUUAUGUUACUAUAGAAUCACGAGACAAAAUGCAAUGUUUUUCUGUAAGCCACCAGCUACAAGCAAAAGCUAAGAUCCAGACACAAAUACAGUGCUAAAGAAGACUGACCAACAAAAAAAGAGAGUAUUUUUCUACAUCUGUUUCCCAUCUACACGUCCUCCUCGGGUGGGUGUGCCGAGCCGAACUAGGUGGGGUCAUUAGUCUGUACUUCAUGAACGUUUCUUUAAUCACAAGGAGGCCUGAUAUAAACUGCUGAAAUCUAUUUUUUGAAUAAAUGUAGUCUCUAGAAAUGUAGAGCUAAUUUGUGUACUUUCUUCAAUUAUCUUUGAAUUGGUCGCUGAAGAUGUUGAUAGGGCUUCAAAUAGUUUAGGCAUACUAGAGAGAAAACAAUGCUGAAAUUAUUUUAUUAUCAGUCUAUAUGAGCUAAACUGCACAAAAAAUAACAAUAUAAUCUAGUCUUUUGCCACUGUUGCUUUUCAAGUCAGCUACUCUGUGUUGAUUUUGUACUGGAGAAGGAAUGCCACGCUCUGCACAUGUUCGGUGUUUGCGGCCAAGUGUCCAGUCAGUGUGUGUCAGACUUGUUGAGAUUGGCUUCCCGAGAAAUGGCUAAAUAUUCUGUUGCUCUUGUGUAAAUUUGCCACAAAGCUGUAUAUUAUUGUUGUGUUUGUUUCUUUCGAAUUUGUGAUUACUUUUUAUCCUAGGUGCACAAUUCUCUUCUCUUUUCUUUUUUUUUCUGAACUGUUAAUAUCGCUUCCAUGUAUUAAUGAAAAGUUAUUUAUUGCAAAGACUAAACAGAGGUUUGUUCAUUUAUUAACAUAUGCAAUAAAUAGAGACAUGCAGUCACCGAAUAUAAAGUGCACACACUUUCAGUCUUGCAUACAGUACAAACCAGAUGGUUGCGUGCGCUGUACAAAACGGCACAUUUUCAAUUAUCACCAAUGUUUAUUCAGAAAAAUAUUUCCCUGUUUUAGUUCAUAUAGGGUUACCUUUUUUCCUAGUUGCCAGAUUAUGUCAUGUUUGCAUGAGUCAGCCAAAAAUCUAUAGUUAUUUUUUUCUGCUGAUCCUUAUUUUAACCUUUUAAAUUCACAUGCUGAAUUUGAAGAGGAAUCUCUCACAAGACUUCUCAUGUUGCCUUUGGAGUAUUUGGUUCUUUUAUACAAGCAUUCUACGUCAAAACAUGUUCAGGUCUGCAUAACCAAAGUACAGGAGAGCAAGGUAGCAGUCAGUAAUGGUCCUCGGGAUUUUUAUUUUAUUUUAUUUCAUUUUAUUUUUGUAAAACAAACUCAGCAUGAGCUAUGGGUGGGUUAAAAAAAAGCCUCUUUCUCAUUUCCAGGAGAAAGUGGCAGAGUUUGAGGCAAAGUCAGAAUAUUAAACCAUAUUAUAAGUUUCAAGCAGGAGUGUUCAGUCUAUUAUCAGAAUAUGGAAGGAUAAUUGAAAAAACAUAAAUCUAAAGGAAAUGUGUGACUCGCCUAAAUUAACACGUAAGAAUAGCUAUUACAUAACUAGCAACGUAAUAUAUAAUUUUCAGGUUCCACAAGUCUGCCUUUUCAUGAUAAUAGGCAAGAAAACCUCACUGCUGAAUGAAAGCAAAGGCUGUCAUAUCAUGUGGGAAACUCACCAAACAUGUGAAAGGAGGUAUUCAGGGCAGAUGGGAUGUAAAUUUUACUUAUUAACUUACAUGAAUAACGCUACAGUAUAUGUGAAGAAAAACAAGUCUCUCCAUGAAACAAAGAGGUGGUGGGGUCAUGCUGUGGCAGCAAUUUUCUUCAACUCUAAUAGCGAAAUUACACAGAGCACAAAUAGAGGUCACUUUUGCUCUGUUUUUAGUGGGCCUCUUACUGCAAUACUCAAAACGUAUAAUUUUUGAACCUUUUUAAUUGAUUUCGGAGGAGGUUAGCAGUGGUUCCCGAUGCAACAUAGUUAACCAACUGCUUAUUGAUCCUAGAAACUCAAGCAGAAAAUUAAAUAAGCAUAAAGAGCUGGGGAGUUUUGCUAUAUGUGCCGUAUAAAAUAUCAUUAUUUCAUCAACACAGGACAGCUUAUUUGCUCAGGGUCCUUCCAUCUGUCUCUUGUGAGGUCGAUGGCUCUGUACCAGGAAUGGCUUCCCUUUUCAGGGAACACACGCUUGGCUGCGAUGACAUACUCGCAAUCACAGACAUGCCAGGAAAUCACAGAAGAAGUAAAACUGAAACAGUAACUGAGUGAAGAUCAGUGAUGUGCACGCCCGUUUGUAUCCGUUUAAAGAUAAGCUGACGACAAAGAGAAAUCACACGAUGUUCUCAUCUGUGCAGUGACUCAGCGACCUUGAUUUAAGCAAAGGACUACACACAUUGGGCACAGUUAUUACCCGCUGUGCGUGUGUGUGUGUGCGGUUACCAGAAGAGACUGGGAGGCUGAGUCUGUGGGACAGAUUCUUCUGCGCUUAUCUCAGUCAAGGUCACAGAGAUUACAGAAAUACACCGGUUUUUCUUACUUUGAUACAAACUGCUAAUGUUGUUCGCACAAAGACUCUGAUAUGCUAAGACAGUCAAGCUGCAGCGGAAAUCGUAUCACGUCAUCGCGAGACAAAUUGCCGCUUAUAUCAAUCCGUGCGGAAUUUUCCAUAUGCAAACAAAUUUCUAUUACUAUUUAAAGCAUGACGAGUGAGAUGAAAAAAACCAUCCCAUCAGAAGAAACUCGUCUGAAAAUAUAACUAGAUCCGGUUUGAUUUAACACAGGGUUUUAGCGAGCACAUUGGGUUAGAUUCGACACAAAAAAAUUUAAAAUAAAUAAUUAAAAAGAGCGAGUUGAAAAGAAUGAUUUUAAAAUCCCCAUGGGAACAAGUCUUUGUGGGUAGGAAUGAUUUUUGAGUAUUUAUCUAUUUUGUACAUCCAACUAAAUUUCAGACGUCUUUCUUUAUCUGGGCUUAUAAGCUGCAAAAAUGAUCCAAACAUACAUUGUUUGUAGAGUUAGUGUUUUGUUUGGUUUGUCUUUAAAAGAGACUGGAAGGAGCCUCCAAUUUUGACAAUGUAGGAACUUAGUUGUUAUGCUUUAGUGAUGCAUUUCCAUUCCGAAAUCACAUCCAUUGGUGUAACAGUUUUAAGAAAUAAACUCAUUGCUACAACUGUUCUUUUUUAAAAUGCCUGCAAAACAGAAAUAGCUGCUCGACACCCAGGACGUGUGGUUAAGAAAUGUUUUAAUGCCGCAUGUGUUUAUGUCAAACAAUUGUUCAUUAAACCUAAAACAACAAAAUUAGUAAACAAAGAAUAAAGUGUAUAUCUAAAAUGUGACAUUUAAUUUUUGCUCUUUGUUGACCAUUAAAACAAACAAACAAAAAAACA